AUGACUGAGGUUCUUAAUAGAGGAGCAUUCCUCGAUGGUAACACCACCAGAGACUACAACCAUGCUACUGACUCUGAAUACAAAGCCUUUAGAGAUAAGGCUGACGACUUAUACAAGAAGAGGUCCAAGUUGAGUCUGCAGAGUCAACAAGCUUUUAAAGCUGGUGACAAGGCUAAAGCUAAGGAAUACAGUGAGCAAGCCAAGAAGGUUUUAGAAGAAGCCGAGUAUAACAAUCGUAUGGCUGCAGAAUAUGUAUUCAGACAGAACAACACCGACUCUGACAGAGAUGAGAUUGACUUACAUGGCUUAUAUGUUAAGGAAGCUCAAUGGAUUCUUCAACAACGGAUCCACAGUGAUAUUCAAGCCAACCAGAGCCAUUUGAAGGUCAUUGUAGGAAAGGGGAAUCAUUCUACCAAUGGUAUUGCCAAGUUGAAGCCUGCAAUUGAUGAACUGUUGGACAGUACUGGAUUGAAACAUUGGAUAGACCCUAAAAACAGUGGUGUUUUAGUUAUAGAUUUGACCAGUGGCCUGUCGUCUCAAAUUCCUUCCUCAUGGGGUCAACCACAGCAACCACAGUAUCACCAACAACCACAAUAUCACCAACAACAACAACCUCAAUACCAACAACAACACCAACACUCACAACAACAAAACAACAACAACAACGAUAUUCUCAACAUGGUGCUCAAGUUGGUUUGUAUGUGCAUCAACAAGAAGUGA